AUGGUGGAAGUUGGACCCAGACUAGUGGGUCAAGCUCAUCUCAUCUCCCGCGGGCUAGACGGAUGUGUAGCGCCACUACAACUGAUCAGGGCCGCUGUGGUAACCUGUAGCUAUCUGAUCAGGGUUGGGUUCCCAAGCCGUAUUAUGAUGGCAAAAGCAUUGUCAUCUUGCAUCUUUUCAUCAGCCUGCUCCCCAACAAACGAGGAUGGAAGUUCUGUUGCACCAGAACCCUGA